AUGGAUUACCGUGACAAAUUAAAUAACGUUGUUUAUUGAACAUAGUGUCAUUUCAACUUCUAAUUUGUAAACAUUAUUGUGCAGUGUGUUGUUUCAAUAUAUUGAUGAAAUUUAUUGGAAGUUCAACAAUUUAGAUAACUUUGCACAUAUUUGAUGAUUGAUUAGUAUCUUAUACUGAGAAUAAAAUGUUUAUAAAUUUCAUAACUUGCACAUUGAGGACUAAACAGAUAAAAUUUCUCUUCACAUAGUGAGCAGUUAAUUUGCAGAGGACAAUAGUGCACAUCAAACAUCUUUAGACUUGUAUCUAUCCUAAGUACACCUACAUAUUUGUCUUACAAUUCCAAGUGAAACAAUAUAGGAUGGAAAGACAAGAGAAGAAUAGCCAUGCUCAGACAUUUGGUGAGACAGACAUUAAUAUAACCAUAUCAAACCUCUUUUUCACAUCAAAUAUGACUGACAUUUCUACAUCCAAAUCAUUUCUUGUGGACAAUACAACAACACUCGAUGACGACUAUGAGGAUCUUAAUAAGAAAUUGGAUGUUAUCUUUGGAGUUAUCUCCCUUGUGAUAACGCCCCUGGUUGUUGGUGGCAAUGCUUUAGUUAUUAUCUCCCUUUUUAAAUUCCGCCGAUUACGGACCACUACGAACAUGUUCAUUGGAAGUCUUGCGCUGUCAGACUUCUUACUUGGACUACUGACCCUUCCAAUGUAUGCUCUAUUUUAUCUUUACCCAGUCAUGAACAAGUGGAAAUACUUAUGUCUCUUUAAAUAUUCCUCUGUCAUACUUUCCAUGAGUUCAUCGCUGAUUAACCUGGUAGUUAUAGCAGUCGAUCGCUACAUCGCAAUUUUACACCCAUUGAAAUACCAAAUACUAAUGACUAAACAGAGAGCCAAAAAAAUUAUAAUAUGUGUUUGGAUAUACCAUGGUAUUAUUGGCUCUCUGCCAAGCUUUGGCUGGAACAAUUAUGAUAAAUAUAACGGCACCGUGUGUGACUUUUUUGUCGUUCUACCCCAAGCUUAUUCACUGUUCACAGCACCUACAACCAUACUAGUAGGUUUACUGAUUUCGUUAUACUUAUAUUGCCAUAUUUACAAAGUGGCUCGAGAACACAACAAAAAGAUGGUGGAAAGGAAAGGGACACAACUCAAUCGUCAAUUUUCAAAAGACACGAAAUCGGCAAAAGCAAUGGUCAUUAUUCUAUUUUUCUUUUUCAUAUUUUGGGUGCCGUUCAUGUUAGCUGGACCAUUGAAAUAUGUGAAAAUUGCUAAAAAUCUGUUCAACAUUAUUAAAAACUUUGCACUGAGCCUAGCCAUGAGCAAUUCUGCUAUUAACCCGUUCAUGUACUGUUGGUUAAGAAAAGAUUUCAAGUGUGCUUUUCAGGACCUGAUAAAAAAUUACAUAUGUUCAAAAAUACCGAAACCUGAUUGGUCAAGCAGUUCUAACAGUAGUGAAGAUGAAAACAGACGUACAGAACAAAAUGUGCAUGUGUCCACUAUCGAUUUACAAAUACAACACAAUAACACAGUAGACUCUGGUUUUACUUUUAAUGAAGAUUAAAUGUUCAUGUGUCCACUAUCGAUUUACAAAUACAACACAAUAACACAGUUGACUCUGGUUUUACUUUUAAUGAAGAUUAAAAUGAAAUGUGUGAGAAUAACACGUCACAAAAGACACAUAUAUGUAUUGUAAUGUCACUUUGAGUGUGAAAAUGUGUGAAGUAUGUUUUUAUUCAUAGUUAGAAGUCUUGCUUAUAUGACAAAAUAACACAGUAGACUCUGGUUUCAAUGUAAAUGAAGAUUAAAAUGAAAUAUUGAGAAUAACACACAAAAGAAAUAUCAAUAUUGUAAUGUCACUUGAGUGUAAAGU